AGAAAACAGAGUGAAGAAGAAGAAGGCAAAGAGAGAGCGAGAGAGAGAGCGAUGGGAGGUUGGGCCAUAGCGGUUCACGGCGGGGCUGGUGUGGAUCCUAAUCUCCCACUGCAACGUCAAGAAGAUGCAAAAAUGCUUCUCACUCGCUGCCUUGAUCUUGGCAUUCACGCUCUUCGUUCAAAUUCUUCUGCCAUUGAUGUCGUUGAACUCGUCGUUAGAGAACUUGAAACCGAUCCCCUGUUCAACUCAGGGCGUGGAUCUGCCCUGACAGAGGAGGGAACCGUUGAAAUGGAAGCCAGCAUCAUGGACGGACCAAAACGGCGAUGCGGGGCGGUGUCUGGACUUACCACUGUCAAAAACCCGAUCUCCCUCGCCCGUCUUGUCAUGGACAAAUCCCCUCAUUCCUAUCUGGCUUUCUCUGGCGCUGAGAAAUUCGCUAGAGAACAGGGUGUUGAACUUGAGUGCAAUGACUAUUUCGUCACCGAAGAAAACGUCGGAAUGCUUGAACUAGCCAGAGAAGCCAACAGUAUAUGGUUAGACUAUAGGGUCCCUACAAACGAGAAGUGUAGCGCGAGCGUGGAGACGCCGUUGCAAAUGAACGGCCUCCCAAUCAGCGUGUACGCGCCAGAGACUGUGGGCUGCGUGGUGGUCGACAGUCAAGGAAGGUGCGCCGCCGCCACUUCAACCGGCGGCCUGAUGAACAAAAAGAUCGGGCGCAUCGGAGACUCUCCGCUGAUCGGUUCAGGGACGUACGCGUGCGGGGUGUGCGGGGUAUCGUGCACUGGAGAAGGGGAGGCGAUCAUAAGAGGGACAUUGGCAAGAGAAGUAGCGGCGGUGAUGGAGUACAAAGGUCUGGGGCUUCAAGAGGCAGUGAAUUACGUGAUAGAGGAGAGGCUGGACGAAGGGAAGGCCGGACUGAUUGCCGUGUCGAGCAAUGGUGAAGUUGUAUGUGGGUUCAACACCACCGGAAUGUUCAGGGGAUGUGCGACGGAGGAUGGGUUUAUGGAGGUUGGGAUUUGGAAAUAAAUUGGGAAAUGAUUGGUUAGAUAAUUUAAGAUUGGGAUGAAGUUUUAAUGCUUUGUAGUGUGCUUUGUUUUUUCAGUAACUGUGUGAAUCUUCUUCAGAAAUUUCUGGAUUCAGAUUCUGAAGCAGAUCCAUCUUAGCAAAUAAAAAUAAUGCCCUUAGCGCUGACUACUA